CCUCUAAUUUAAUGCAUCCCUGACGCACAGCUGUCAUCAUCGCCGCCCUUGUAAAAAACAACGCCUGAAAGUCGUGUUCCAGCGAUAUUACAAGAUGGCCUUCAACUUCACCGCCUUCACGUAUAUUGUGGCCUUGAUCGGCGAUGCAUUUUUAAUAUUUUUCGCAAUAUUUCAUGUUAUUGCGUUCGACGAGUUAAAAACUGAUUACAAAAACCCAAUUGAUCAGUGCAAUAGCCUCAACCCGCUGGUUUUACCGGAGUAUUUGCUGCACAUUUUCCUCAAUUUGUUGUUCUUGUUCUGCGGUGAAUGGUUCUCACUAUGCAUCAACAUACCCCUCAUAGCCUAUCAUAUUUGGCGCUACAAAAAUCGCCCCGUGAUGUCUGGACCCGGACUGUACGAUCCCACCACGGUCCUAAAAACCGAUACUUUAUCCCGGAAUAUGCGAGAGGGUUGGAUUAAACUGGCCGUCUACUUGAUCAGCUUCUUCUACUACAUAUACGGCAUGGUUUAUUCGCUCAUCUCGACAUAGAGGGCAUUGAGGCAGCUGCCUGGGGAUCUCAUUGUUGGCGCCAGUGCAUCCGCAUCGUGUAUUAGUUGUCAUAACUCGGGAAGAGACUCCCUUUUUAGGGGAGACUCUCCAUCAACAGCGAACAAUACUUCACUUGUAAAUUCUAGUGUAAAUCCAUACAAACAUCUUACAGCUUUGUUUUUUAUAAUAUUUAAUCUAUUGUGUGCAGUAAGAGA